AUGUGUAUCUCAAGCUGGAGCACUCCACUCAGCUACAUCGGCCUUGCAGCCCUGGCUUACGUAACCCUCCACUUCACCCGCCAAGCAACAACAUUCCUCCUUCGCAGUACACUAACAGCUCGCUACAACCGGCCCGGUACCAACUGGGCCCUCGUAACAGGCGCAACUGAUGGAAUUGGCUUCGGCUUCUGCGAAGAGAUUUGUGCCCGCGGCUUCAACGUCAUCCUGCACGGACGUAACCGCACUAAGCUCCAGCGACGCGCUAGCGAGCUAAACGAGCGCUUCCCAACCCGCAAGACAGGCAUUAUCGUACUAGACGUUGUCGAUCUCACAUCCUCCGUGGACGGGGUUGCUGACGAGGUUUCUGCUAUUCUAGCCGCCCAUGGGGGCCAGUUAACCGUCCUGGUGAACAAUGUAGGAGGUGACGGCAGGCCCUCUGGGACGCUAGAUAGUUAUAGCUUCAAGGAUGUGCAGGAGACGAUCGCGAAGAACGCGAACUUCGUCGCACAAAUUACGCGCAUACUGCUACCCCUUCUAGCGGCGGGAGACCCAGGCGUUAUAUUGAAUAUUUCGUCCGUCGCGGCGUGGGGGCUACCCUAUGUGACUAUUUAUGCUGCAACAAAGGGGUUCGUCGAUACCUUUACGUAUGCACUGCAGGCUGAGUGUACCGCCGAGGGACUGGGGGUCGAGGUGCUGGGUCUACGCGUGGGCCAGGUGAGCACACCCGGGUACCCGGUUGCUCUGGGCUGGUUUGUGCCGACGCCACGGGUGAUGGCGCAGGCUGGGUUGAAUCGUGUUGGCUGUGGGCAGGUUAUUGUAUACGGGUAUUUCUGGCACUGGGUGCAGGGGCUGGCGUUUGAGAUGAUGCCUCGGUGGGCGCUAAAUAUGGUGACGACGUCGAUGCUGAAAGCGCUGAAAUUCCAGGAGGAAGAUAAGGCGAAGAGGUGGUAA